AUGGCUAGCCCUACAGUUCUUACCUUUGAUGCUGAGGGUCAUGCAGUUGACUUCAAUGUCUGGGUAGAUGAUCUGCAGCUGUUUCUUCAAUGCGAUAGCAAGGACGGAGUCUCGUUUUUUGAUCUCACGUCUGGCGCCUCCGCUGCACCUGCUGCCGAUGCUGACAGUACUGUUCGCUCGCAGUGGACUACUCGUAACGCUGUUGCUCGCCUUGCUGCUCGUAGUCACCUGCCUUCUGCUGAGCACGCGCAUUUUGGCCAGUACAAGACUGCUAAAUCUUUGUAUGACGCUGUCGUGGCGCGCUACUCCUCCCCUGCCACUGCUACCCUUAGCCGCCUCAUGCUACUGUACCUGUUCCCUGACCUGGCCGCCUUUGCCACAGUCGCUGACCUCAUUACUCACCUCCGCACUAGUGACGCCCGCUACCGCAUUGCACUUCCCCCCGAGUUCUUCACCAAGAACCCGCCCCCCAUGUACAUCACCCUCUUCUACCUAGUCACCCUUCUCCCUGACUCCCUUUCCUCAGUCAGGGAUCAUUUUCUCUCCCUUUGCCCCACUACGCUCACCGUCGACCUGCUAGAGGAGCGCCUCACUGCAGCUGAGAAGAGUAUAGUUGCUGUAGGUGCUUCUCGCGGCGACCCCCGCGCCCCGUUCUUUGAGGGGUGUUCCCUCGUUCCCCUUCUGCCCUCUGUUGCUUUUGCUGCUGCUGUCGACCUCCUUGGCACCGAGGAGGUCGGGGCUACUGCUGAGGGUGACUGUUACCUGUGUGUGCCGCCCGACCCAGGUAUAGAGUCUAUUGCUCUAGGUACUGGUGAGGCUGCUGCUCUAGGUGCUAGUGAGUCUGCUGCUCCAGGUACUGGUGAGUCUGCUCUCUCUAGUACUGCACCUACUGAGGCCUUGCACACCUUCACACUUGACUCAGGUGCUUCUCGCUCUUUCUUUCGCGACAGCACCACACUCACGCCGCUCAGUCGGCCAGUUGCAGUCUCCCUAGCGGACCCCUCUGGGGUGCCCGUCCUUGCGCACUCCUCCAAGGUCCUGCCGUGUCCUGCUGUGCCGUCUGGUUCACUGUCGGGUCUCCACCUCCCCUCGUUCUCUACGAAAUUGGUGAGUGGAGCUGCCCUCCAGGAUGAGUGGGUUGACUAG